UCAGUCAGCUCCUCAUCUUCCUUAAUUCCUUCUGUGUGUGAUAUAUCAAAUUGAGGAGGAGGAGGAGGAGACGGCGGCGGGAAUAAAUACAGUAGACCACCAUGGCCCUCGAGUCAUUGAUUACCAAGGUCAAAUCGGCAAUAUUCUCCACCGGCUUCGAUUCCACAGCUAUCGUCUCUCGCAGGAAGCAGGCACACCUCGUCGGAAUCCUCGCCUUCGAGGUUGCCUCCCUCAUGACCAAACUUCUCCACCUCUGGCGCUGCCUCUCCGACGCCCACCUCUCCCACCUUCGAAAUCACACCAUCGCCCUGCCUAGCGUCCGCAAGCUCAUCUCCGAUGACGACUCUUUCCUCCUCCUCCUCGCCCGCUCCGAGCUCGCCGACUCUCUCCGCCUCGUCGCCGACUCCGUCGCGACCCUCGCCCACCGCUGCGCCGAUCCUGCCCUCCGCCACUUCCAUCUCAGUUUCCACGCGUUCGCGGAUUCCGGCCAAGACCCUAACCGCUGGGUGAUGGGGUGGAAGGACAUGGAGACCAAGCUGGCAAAGAGGAUGGAUCGACAAGUGUCGACGACUGCCGCACUCGUUCGGGAAAUGGAUGAGCUGUCGGAGGCGGAACAGACGCUGAAAAAGUUAGUGCAUGGCGGCGGCGGAUCGCACCUGGCCAUGGUGACAGAGCUGCAGCAGAGGAUCUUCUGGAAGAAGCAGCAGGUGAAGUACUUGAGGCAAACCUCGCUUUGGAGCUCCACCUUCGACGCUGCCGUCGCGCCCCUGGCUCGAGCCGCGUUCACGGUUCUCGCCCGGAUCAAGUACGCCUUUUGCGGCGGGGAACCGUGUCCCCUGCCUCGAGCUCUUUCUAAUUCCGGCUUCGCCGCCGUCUUCCCCUCCGACGACACGGCCUCGACGCUAAAGCCGAACUGCGGGUUCCUGGCGCUUUGCUCAGAGACCCUGAAUCCGACGCCGUCGACGCUGGGCGCGGCGGCUCUGUCGCUUCACUACGCGAACCUGAUCGCGGUGCUGGAAAAGAUGGCGCGGGCGCCGCGGGCGGUGGGGGCGGAGGCGAGGGAGGAGGUGUACGCGAUGCUGCCGGCGAGCGUGCGGGCGCAGCUGCGGGCGCGGCUUAGGGGCGUGGGGUGGGAAGCGUGCCGGGACGUACGAUUGGCUGCGGAGUGGCGCGCGGCGUUGGCACGGAUCGCGGAGUGGCUGGGGCCGGUGGCUCAGGAUACGAUCCGAUGGCAGGGGGAACGAAGCUUUGAGGGGCGGCGGAGGACCGCAUCGGCCCCGAGGGCGAACGUGCUUCUGCUGCAGACGCUUCACUUCGCAGACCGGGAGAAGGUGGAGGCGGCCGUGACGGAGAUCCUCGUCGGGCUCAACUUCCUUUGGCGGUUCCAGAGGGAGAUGGCAACGGCGCUUGGCGGUACCGCUGGCGCUGCCCUCCAACAAUAACCCAAUCCGGUUUGGUUCGGCUUGGUUUAUUUUGAUUUGGUUUGAACUCAUCAUCUCUUAUGAUCGUAACCUUGUGUAAAAAAAACAUAUAAAAUAUAAAUAUUCGACUUUUGUUUCUGACUUAGAUUUAAAAAGAUGUACUAAAUUUGAGUAAAUUCUCCAAACGCCAACGAUAUGAAUGGUGGUCGCAUUUAUUUGAUCAA